AUGUUGGAUACUAAACAAUCUAAGGAUCGACGGCGACGGAUACGAAUUGUCGAAUCAUCUUCAUCGCGGGAAUCUUCGCCUUCUCCGAAUAACCAGCCAGACACUGAAACUCCUAACGAGGUUCCAGUAUCAGUCUUCGACGCAGAGGUAUUCUCUUCUGAAUUACCGAGAGCGACGGUAGAAGCCACACAAGAAAAAGCUCUAGAUGACACCGUGCUACAAAUAUUAGGAAAUGAUCCAACUGCUACUGUCGAAUAUGGUAAGGAAGUUCAUAAAGAGCUUGCCAACAGAUUCGAGCACAUAGCUACAACAGGACUUACUAAAGAAAUUCGUAAAGAAUUAUGUGAAAAAUACCUUGUACCCUCCAACUGUGUACACAUUGGUGCUCCUAAACUAAAUGCUGAGAUUAAAGCUGCCUUAAACGAAACACUCGUAAAACGAAAUAAAGCUGCAAAAGCUGUAAGUAAAUCUGGAACAGAACUUAAAGUAGACUCGAAGAACAAUCGACCGACUUGUCACGAAGAAUUUAAACUGGAAGUCGCCGGCCCCAGCUCGCAGGCAGGGGGAGCCACCGCGCAACCGGAAGCCUGCCAUUCCGCGCAGCCUUCAGCAUCACACACACACACUUCCUCAUGAAAUUAGAAAUAGCCCAAGCAUUGGGAUUUUCAAAACAAGUCUGAAGAAUUAUUACCUCUCACAAUG